CUACUGACCCCGGGCCCUCAGGCAGUGCCCGAGCUUCCAAAUGGUCAGUCCGCCUCUGCUUCACUGGGUAUUAAACCCCGGACCCUGCAUUCACUAUAUCUGGUCUCCCCGGACCCUGCAUUCACUAUACCUGGUCUCCCAAGACCCUGCAUUCACUAUAUCUGGUCUCCCAGGACCCUGCAUUCACUAUAUCUGGUCUCCCCGGACACUGCAUUCACUAUAUCUGGUCUCCCCGGACCUUGCAUUCACUAUAUCCGGUCUCCCCGGACCCUGCAUUCACUAUAUCUGGUCUCCUAGGACCCUGCAUUCACUAUACAGUAUCUGGUCUCCCAGGACCCUGCAUUCACUAUAUCCGGUCUCCCCAGACCCUGCAUUCACUUUAUCUGGUCUCCCCGGACCCUGCAUUCACUAUAUCUGGUCUCCCCGGACCCUGCAUUCACUU